ACUUUGAUCAAGGCUUAUGUCUCAUCCUCUCUUCACUAUAAAACCAAAAAUCCCAAAUUGAACUCAAAACGAGUUCACUAUACUUCUCUUCCCGGAGGAAAACGAUCACCAAUCUCCGUCGCAAUCAGUGGCUGCUUCUGCUACUACUGCUCCACAAUUCCAAUUCAGCACUCCAAUCGAACAUCAGUUGAUGAGACCACAUGGACGCGAUUGGCAGCAGCAGCGGUGGUAGCAGAAACCGGAGGAUUACGACGUCAAGCAGCGCCGGUAACGGCGGUAGUAGGUCACCGUUGUGCGGUGGUCGGAGGAGAGUGGUUGCUACGAAGAAUGAUGGAUGGAGCAACCCGUUGUUGGCGAAUAAUACCGUGAAGAAGCUUCAGCGACGUGAGAUUACCUCAAAUCGGCAUCGUUCUGGUGCUAUUACUAAGUCCGUUCACCGGUUUCGGAACUUUCGGUUGACGGAGAGAUACGAUAUGCAUGAUCCUGUGGGACAAUGUUCGUUGGUAUUACCAUUGUUGAUGAGAAGAGCAAAAGUGAUCGAGAUAGUGGUGGUACAUGAUAUCGUCUUUGCUCUUGCUAGUUCUGGUGUUUGUGCAGCAUUUAGUAGAGGUACAAACAAGACGAUAUGUUUCUUGAAUAUCUAUCCAGAUGAAGUCAUUCGGAGCUUGUUUUAUAACAAGAAUAACGACUCGCUGAUUACAGUGUCGGUAUAUGCUUCAGAUAACUUCAGUUCAUUGAAAUGCCGAUCGAUAAGAAUAGAAUAUAUACAAAGAGGCAAACCCGAUGAAGGCUUUCCGCUUUUUGAGACCGAGUCUUUGAAGUGGCCUGGAUUUGUCGAGUUCGAUGAUGUUAACGAAAAGGUGCUUACCUACUCCGCACAAGAUAGCAUAUACAAGGUCUUUGACCUGAAGAACUAUACACUGUUAUACUCGAUAACCGACAGACAGGUUGAAGAAAUCAAGAUCAGUCCGGGCAUCAUGUUACUGAUAUUCAGUAGGGGUCAGAGCCAUGUUCCUCUGAAGAUACUAUCUAUAGAAGACGGCACGGUUCUAAAAGAUUUCAAUCAUUUACUUCAUCGGAACAAGAAGGUAGAUUUUAUCGAGCAGUUUAAUGAAAAGCUGCUUGUUAAGCAAGACAACGAGAAUCUCCAAAUACUUGAUGUGCGCAAUGCUGAGGUCAAAGAAGUUGGAAGCACGGAGUUUAUGACACCGUCAGCGUUUAUUUUUCUGUAUGAGAAUCAGUUAUUUCUAACCUUUAGAAAUCAGACUGUUUCGGUUUGGAACUUUCGGGGGGAACUUGUUACAUCAUUUGAGGACCAUGUUUUAUCGCAUCCAGAUUGCAAUACUAACAACAUCUAUAUAACUAGUGAUCAAGAUCUCAUAGUUUCAUUUUGCAAGGCUGAUAAUGAUCAGGCGACUGAUACAAGAGCUGGUUCUAUAAAUAUCAGCAACAUCUGGACUGGGAAAUGCAUAGCAAAAAUAAACUCAAGCAAUGCGAUGCCGUCAAAGGAUGAACAAGAAGGAAGCUCGAGCAACAAAAGGCAGGUUGAAGUGAACAUGGUUGAAGAGGCACUGGAAGACAUAACAGCGCUUUACUUUGAUGAGGAACACAAUGAAAUCUAUACCGGUAACAGUAACGGUUUGGUUCAUGUGUGGUCUAACUGAAGUAUUAAUAGGUAUGCCCGUUCUAAGUAUAUAUAGUAAUGUAUGUGCGCGGGCUCUUUAAGACUUGAUAUAUAUAUGUGUAGGAGUGUGUCUAAAUCGAGUAUGCAGAUUUAUAAUGUUUGAGUUGCAGAAAUGACUAAUAAGUGUGGUUUUAUUUA